GACGAGCAGAAGCGAAGCGCGCGCCCAGGAACGAGGUCGAGGAGACGACGAUGUGCGGCGGCGGAAGGCGGCGGCGUACGGGGAAGCGAGAUCCGCCUGCCCGAUCCGGCCCGUGAACGGGAACGUCCUGGCAUUCUGUACUGCGCCCAGCUGCUACGCCGUCCGAACUCUGAAUCCGACGCGCGCCCUCCACCGAUACGUCCACCAGAAAGCUCCAGCACCACCGCCAGCAAGCGAGCGAGGCGGAGCCUUCCAUUAAUUUACUCGCGGCAGGGCAGCCGGGCUGUACUGUGCCCUGCAGUGUCGGUGGCCGCCCCCCUCCCGCGCACAUGGGCCUCAUGGGGGAGGGUGGACUGUGGUGGCGCGCUCCCGGAUUAAAGAAUCCAGGACACGGAUGGCUUGCUCGCCCCAACUCCCCCUCCUUCCUGGCCGUCCUGCUGCGGGAGCUGAGCGGAGGAAGGGGACGAGGAGCGGGCGGUGGCGGUCGUCGCUGCUGCUGCUUCUGGUGGCAGUGCGGCGGCGGCGGCCAUGAGCUGGAGGAGGGGAGGCGGCGCCGGCGCGGAUGGCGUGGCCAGGAGGUGGGUGCUGCUGCUCUGCGUCGGGAGCUUCUGCCUCGGCCUGCUCUUCACCAACAGGAUGUGGACAUUGCCUGAAGCAAGUGAGAUAGCUAUACCAAAUGAAAGGAAGGGGAAAGAGUCUGAGCUUAUGGCUGGAGACUGUAGUAUACGAAAAGUUCAAGGAAAACGCGAUUACGGUGACAUGCUACAUAUGUCAGAUACUCACCAUGAUGCACAGACUUUAGAUAAGACCAUAGCAAACUUGGAGACAGAACUCUCUGCCGCAAGGACUCUACAAGAUUCUUUUCUCAAUGGAUCUCCAGUGUCAGAAGAGUACAAGGCUUCUGAGUCUACCGGUAGGCGCAAGUACCUUAUGGUGAUAGGUAUCAAUACUGCUUUUAGCAGCCGCAAGAGAAGGGAUUCUAUCCGCAACACCUGGAUGCCUCAAGGAGAAAUGAGGAAAAAGCUGGAGGAAGAGAAGGGGAUCAUAAUUCGUUUUGUUAUUGGUCACAGUGCUAUUUCUGGUGGAAUUGUCGAUAGAGCAAUUGAGGCAGAGGAUAAGAAACAUGGAGACUUCAUGAGGCUUGAUCAUGUGGAGGGAUACCUUGAACUUUCGGGCAAAACAAGGACAUACUUUGCAACAGCUGUUGCUUUAUGGGAUGCUAACUUCUAUGUGAAGGUUGACGACGACGUGCAUGUUAAUAUAGCAACACUUGGAAAUAUCUUAUCCAAACAUAUUUUGAAGCCCAGGGUAUAUAUUGGAUGCAUGAAGUCUGGCCCUGUCCUAUCUGACAAGGAUGUCAGAUACUAUGAACCUGAGCACUGGAAGUUCGGGGAAGUGGGUAACAAAUAUUUUCGACAUGCCACCGGUCAACUAUAUGCCAUUUCAAAAGAUUUGGCAACCUACAUAUCAAUAAACAAGCAUGUUUUGCACAAGUACAUCAACGAAGAUGUUUCUUUGGGAUCUUGGUUGAUAGGGUUAGAUGUUGAGCAUAUUGAUGACCGCAGACUAUGCUGCGGCACUCCACCUGAUUGCGAAUGGAAAGCUCAGGCAGGGAACACCUGCGCAGCCUCGUUUGAUUGGAAGUGCAGUGGUAUCUGCAACUCUGUGCAGAACAUCUGGGGUGUUCAUAAGAAGUGUUCAGAAGGUGAAAAGGCACUGUUAACUGCCUCGUUCUAAUCAAAGCAAGUAAUCUCCGAUUGAAUUGAGAUCUAAAGGGGACCAUCGGCAAGACUGGAAUGCGCUCUGUUGUGUACUUAGGUGUACAUUGUGCAGAAAAUGUCUGAUUCAUUUGUAGGCCUGUAACUAGCUAGAUGCAGUUUAGGAUUGGGCAACACUGCUGGAGCGGACCGGGAUUUUACUCAGCGUCCGCUGGUGCCAAUCGAGGAUUUCUGAGGGGUGUAGAGCUGAUUGAUUCUUUUGUCUUGCUCCUAUUUGGGUGGCCAUUUUUGUAGACCUGAUAAAAAGUACUAAUAUAUUGCAGAACAGUGGUUCCGUGUUCUUUAUUCA